AUGGCUAAACUGAAAAUAGUCGGUGGACGGCCCAUCACAAUGGAUGAAGCGAUCGAACUACGACAAACGGUAUUCGGAUCGGCAGCGAGUCCUCCUCGUGGUGAAUGGACACGCACUGGAUUUACAUUCGGUCCUGCAAACCAAGAAUAUCCGUACGGACUGCGUACUCCUCGCAACGCAACGAGAGGCAUGCAAUCCGUCCUGCAGGCACACAUUAUCAAACAGUUUAUAUUCGACAACAAGCCGCGUGACAAAUCGGUCCCACUCGAGGAGCUGCUGAAACCAACCGAGGCAGAACAGGCCCUGUCCCUCUACACCGCCAUGUCGGACAUACUGUGGAACAUUGGGGAAAAGACAAAAGCGAUCGUAGCGUUACCGGGUGAGGCGUCCCACAUACCGCAUAGCCACGUUUACUUUCAGGACAAUGUAACCGAGAAGCUGUACUUUUUCGAGUUCACCAAGCUGGACGAUCUGCAGAUAUUUAUGAAGCGAUAUUUACCCUACUUUACAGAAAAUCCUGGCCCCGGAACGCUGCUCUAUCUGUACAGUGCUGUAUUAACGCGUGGCAUGGAGAACAUGCGCAACGAUCUAGACGCACCGAAAGGAGCACACCUGAUGGGACCGCACGAGGAAGGUUCCCUCAACGUCAUUACACUGCUGCUAACAGGGCGUGCAACGCCGUACCUGCACAAUGGCGUCGUGUACGUUGGUGAUGAGGAUCACUAUGCCGUACCACAAUUUGGAAUUUUGAGCCGUGGAGCAAUCGGUCUGCUCGUUUGGGAGGGAGAAAACGAAGCGAUGCGCUCUGCAUCCCGUAUGCCCGGUUCACGGCUCAAAACUCCGGCCACACCGGUUUGGGUUAGCUGCUGCUGUGGCCAUUACGGAGUACUGUUCAACUCCAACCGGGAGCUGCUGCGCAACUAUCACGCCGAAAAGCGAUUCGAGCUGCAUUACUACACUUGCGCCGGUUGUUACCUUUCGAUGACCGUCGAUAACCGCGGACAGGACGAGGGUGGCGGUGAUACCGGUGACCAGGAAGGUGACCGCAAGCGGGACGACAUGGUCUCUACGCCGCUGGAAAGACUUAUACACACGAAAUGGAUGGACGCCAAGAUCACGUACCAUGGCGCUCUGCCGGCCUCGUUGAACUUCUAAAAGCUUUUAGCAUGGUUAUUUGUUGUGUGAUGUUUCAUCCAGUUAGAUCACAUUAAUGAGGAUUGU